AUGCCUCGCCUCAAACACCUCCGCUUCACCGGCGUCGGCGUGAGGAGGACGGAUGACACCAAAGCCGCCGUCACCGUGCUCGCCGAUGACCUCGGGACUCUCCGCAUGUCAUGCCGUUGGUGCAAGCAAGACCGAAUCGCCAUCGAGCGGUUGUUGUUCGUGUGUGUCACUCGGCGUCUGGCCGUGUUCACAAAAUACUCGUUGUUUCGCUUACGCGCACCAAAGCUGGCGGUGUUCGAGUGGCGAUGCUGCUAUGCUGACGAGGUGCGCAUUGAGGCCGUGGGCCGCCUCUCCGAUGUCGCCAUCAAGGUUGACGCCGGUAGGACGCGCACGCCAACUCCGAUUGGCACGGAACCCAAGUACGUGACAAUAAAACAAUGUGACAAACUUGUGACUGACAUCCUUCAAGGGCUUAUGCCUGGCUUGCAGCCGCGCACUUGGAAAGAUGUGACGAGAGUCAAAUACCCCCACGUUGGCAAGGAGUUCUUACUUGAGGCGGACACCGGUGCCUGGUCCCUCCAGUUGCCGCCCACUACGGUUGAGAGCGAAGUGGUGCCGCUGCACGGACCCGCACAUCGGGCGAGUGCAGUGCGCUUCAUUGCCAAGAUGAGCGUCACGUCGGACACCAUGCCUCGCCUCAAACACCUCCGCUUCACCGACGUCAGCGUGAGGACGGAUGACACCAAAGCCGCCGUCACCGUGCUUGUCGAUGACCUCAGGACUCUCCGCAUGUCAUGCCGUUGGCACAGCAAGAUUGAAUCGCCAUCGGAGCCGUUGUUAUACUUGUGUCACUCGGGCGUCAUAGCCGUGUUCACCAAAUACUCGUUGUUCCGCUUAUGCGCACCCAAGCUGGCGGUGUUCGAGUGGCGAUGCUGCUAUGCUGACGAGGUGCGCAUUGAGGCCGUGGGCCGCCUCUCCGAUGUCGCCAUCGAGGUUGACGCCGGUAGGACGCGCACGCCGACUCCGAUUGAAACGGAACCCAAGUACGUGACCAUACAACAACGUGACAAACUUGUGACCGACAUCCUUCAAGGGCUUAUGCCUGGGCUGCAGCCGCGCACUUGGAAAGAUGUGACGAGGCAGCGGUACCUGUCGCCUUGUAGCAGGCCGACAGGUGACGUCAUCCCUAAAGCAAGUACUCUGCAAUCCAUGGUCACGGACAUGAUUCAACAACAGGACCUAUGCUGCAUGUCGAAGUACAGCAAGACUGAAUCGCCAUCGGAGCCGCUGUUGUUCUUGUGUCACUUGGGUGUCACAGCCGUGUUCACCAAAUACUCGUUCCGCUUACGCGCACCCAAGCUGCCGGUGUUCGAGUGGCGAUGCUGCUAUGCUGACGAGGUGCGCAUUGAGGCCGUGGGCCGCCUCUCCGAUGUCACCAUCGACGUUGACACCGGUAGUACGCGCACGCCGACUCCGAUUGGCACAGAACCCAAGUACGUGACAAUACAACAACGUGACAAACUUGUGACCGACAUCCUUCAAGGGCUUAUGACUGGGCUGCAGCCGCGCACUUGGAGAGAUGUGACGAGCAAGACUGAAUCGCCAUCGGAGCCGCUGUUGUUCUUGUGUCACUUGGGUGUCACCGCCGUGUUCACCAAAUACUCGUUGUUCCGCUUACGCGCACCCAAGCUGCCGGUGUUCGAGUGGCGAUGCUGCUAUGCUGACGAGUUGCGCAUUGAGGCCGUGGGCCGCCUCUCCGAUUUCGCCAUCGAGGUUGACGCCGGUAGGACGCGCACGCCGACUCCGAUUGGCAUGGAACCCAAGUACGUGACAAUACAACAAUGUGACAAACUUUUGACCGACAUCCUUCAAGGGCUUAUGCCUGGGCUGCAGCCGUGCACUUGGAAAGAUGUGACGAGAGUCAAAUACCCCCAUGUGGACAAGGAGUUCUUACCUGAGGCGGACGCCGGUGCCUGGUCCCUCCAGCUGCCGCCCGCUACGGUCGAGCAGCAGGACCUGCACAUCGGCGAGUGCACGCUCGAUGCCAGUAUGAGCGUCACGUCGGACACCAUGCCUCGCCUCAAACACCUCCGCUUCACUGACCUCAGCGUGAGGACGGAUGACACCAAAGCCGCCGUCACCGUGCUCGCCGAUGACCUCAGGACUCUCCGCAAGUCAUGCCGUUGGUACAGCCAGACUGAAUCGCCAUCGGAGCCGCUGUUGUUCUUGUGUCACUCGGGCGUCACAGCCGUGUUCACCAAAUACUCGUUGUUCCGCUUACGCGCACCCAAGCUAGCGGUGUUCGAGUGGCGAUGCUGCUAUGCUGACGAGGUGCGCAUUGAGGCCGUGGGCCGCCUCUCCGAUGUCGCCAUCGAGGUUGACGCCCGUAGGACGCGCACGCCGACUCCGAUUGGCAUGGAACCCAAGUUCGUGACAAUACAACAACGUGACAAACUUGUGACCGACAUCCUUCAAGGGCUUAUGACUGGGCUGCAGCCACGCACUUGGAAAGAUGUGACGAGAGUCAAAUACCCCCACGUGGGCAAGGAGUUCUUACCUGAGGCGGACGCCGGUGCCUGGUCCCUCCAGCUGCCGCCCGCUACGGUCGAGCAGCAGGUGCUGCCGUUCUGUAUGAGCGUCACGUCGGACACCAUGCCUCGCCUCAAACACCUCCGCUUCACCGACGUCAGCGUGAGGACGGAUGACACCAAAGCCGCCGUCACCGUGCUCGCCGAUGACCUCAGGACUCUCCGCAUGUCAUGCCGUUGGUACAGCAAGACUGAAUCGCCAUCGGAGCCGCUGUUGUUCUUGUGUCACUCGGGCGUCACAGCCGUGUUCACCAAAUACUCGUUGUUCCGCUUACGCGCACCCAAGCUGGCGGUGUUCGAGUGGCGAUGCUGCUAUGCUGACGAGGUGCGCAUUGAGGCCGUGGGCCGCCUCUCCGAUGUCGCCAUCGAGGUUGACGCCCGUAGGACGCGCACGCCGACUCCGAUUGGCACGGAACCCAAGUUCGUGACAAUACAACAACGUGACAAACUUGUGACCGACAUCCUUCAAGGGCUUAUGCCUGGGCUGCAGCCACACACUUGGAAAGAUGUGACGAGCAAGACUGAAUCGCCAUCGGAGCCGCUGUUGUUCUUAUGUCACUCGGGCAUCACAGCCGUGUUCACCAAAUACUCGUUGUUCCGCUUACGCGCACCCAAGCUGGCGGUGUUCGAGUGGCGAUGCUGCUAUGCUGACGAGGUGCGCAUUGAGGCCGUGGGUCGCCUCUCCGAUGUCGCCAUCGAGGUUGACGCCGGUAGGACGCGCACGCCGACUCCAAUUGGCCCGGAACCCAAGUACGUGACAAUACAACAACGUGACAAACUUGUGACCGACAUCCUUCAAGGGCUUAUGCCUGGGCUGCAGCCACGCACUUGGAAAGGUGUGACGAGGUAUGUAUAUACUCGACUUUAA